AGUAUACUGCAGCAAUGAUAGUAUUCGCUUUUUUCUAUUAACCUUCGUCACUCGUCAGAUCGUUGCAUCCUUAGAUAUAUGUAUCUUUCAAGAACUUCUUCCAUUAACCGCUCGAAAAAAAUCAAAUCCGCUAGAUGGCGCUGUGACCGAUAUGUUUACAAAUAGCUGUCUGGAAGGUCUGGUUUCGUUUUAAUGUGGAGUACUCUGUGCCCAAAAAAUAAGGUGACAUUUGAAUUUAAAUUGCGCGCGUCGAAGGAUUUUGAGAAUUAUAUUUUUUUUUAGGUUGGUAGUACUGUCAGUCACAUUUAUGUCAAAUUUCAUGUCAAAAUAUUCAUUAGAGUUUGAGAUACGUGUCGUUUUGUGAGCUGCUAAAAAAAGCCUUUGGUGAUGAGGCUAUGUCUAAAACAAAUGUUUACAAGUGGUAUAGUGAGUUCCAAGCCGGCCAUGAACGUGUCGAAGACGAAGAGCGUCCAGGGCGACCAUCAACCACAACCGACGAAGCUCACGUUCAACAAAUCAAAGAUUUGGUGUUGAAAAAUCGUCGAUUAACAAUUAAAGACCUUGCUGAUGAAGUUGGCAUAUCGAAAGCCUCAGCCAAUACCAUUUUGAAGGAUGUUUUGGGCCUCAAGCGCGUCAAAUCUCGAUUGGUACCGAAAACAUACCCAUACUGCCCUCGUAAUUCGUGGUCAUUUCGCCAAAAACUCAACCCAUAUCGUUCCGCAACCACCGUAUUCACCUGAUCUGGCGCCGUGCGACUUCUGGCUGUUCACCAAGCUCAAAAGACCGCUCUGGGGACACCGUUUUUAUACGAUAGAGGAGAUUCAAACCGCAGCGAAGACGGAACUGAAGGUCAUCCCGGAAAGUGACUACAACCAGUGUUUCGAAGAUUGGAAAAUCCGCAUAAGCAUAAGUGCAUUUCAUCGGGAGGGGAUGAAAUUGAUUUGGAAGAAUAAAUAAAGAAUUUUUAAAAUAAAUACAAUGUCACCUUAUAUUUUGGGCACAGUAUAUACAUUUGU